AUGACAACCCUCAACAAAAAUUGGGAACAGACACAGAUCAAGGUUUUCUCAAGAUGGUGCAACAAGUACUGCCAGCAAGCUGGAAUGAAAGUUGAAGACUGCACACAAGAUUUCGAAGAUGGUGUAAAGCUUAUUACACUCCUUGAGAUCGUUGGCAAGGAGCCAAUGCCAGGAAAAUGGCACAAGACCCCAAAGAUGAGGAUCCAGAAGCUCGAAAACUGCGACCUCGCCAUCAAGUACAUUUCUGAAGUUAAGAAGGUCAGACUUGUCGGUAUCGGCUCAAACAACAUUGUCGACCACGACACAAAGCUCACACUCGGCUUAAUUUGGUCCGUUAUCAACAAGUUCGUAAUCGAAGAAAUCACAGUUGAAGAAGCUACAGCUCGUGAUGCCCUUCUUCUUUGGUGCAAGAAGAACACACAAGGCUACGAAGGUGUUGAUGUCACAAACUUCACAUCCUCCUGGACAUCCGGCCUUGCUUUCUGCGCCCUCAUCAACCACUUCCGCCCAGAGCUUCUUGACUACAACGCUCUUGACAAGGCUAACCACCCAGAGAACUGCCGCCUUGCCUUCGAGGCUUGCAAGCAGCUCGGCAUCACAGUUUAUCUCGAUGUUGAAGAUAUCGCUGAUACACAGCCAGAUGAGAAGUCCGUUGUUACACAGGUCUCCGAGUUCUUCCACUUCUUCGCUUCUGACACAAAGGCUGACCAGAUGGCCGAGAAGCUCAAGAACACAGUUGGCAUCCAGCGCGAGAUCAAGGACAUGACAGAGGCCUACAUCCAGGCUUGCCAGGCCGCCAUCGCUGAGAUGGAUGCCAAGUCCGCUGAAAUUGCCGAUGAUUCCUUCGACAAGGACACAAAGGGCAUCAAGCAGAAGCUCGUUAACACAAUCGCCUACGGUAAGGAUGGCCGUCCAAAGAUCUUCGAGCUCAAGGCUAACGCUGUUGCUGCCUACUCCGCUCUCCAGUUGAAGUGCAAGGCUACAAAGCGUCCAAUGCCAGAGAUCCCAGAGGAAUACAUAGAACAGGCCCUCAACCAGCGCUUCGAGCAACUCGACCAGCAGGUUUCCGACCGCCGCUCAGAGCUCCUUGGCCUCCUUAACGACAAGGUUAAGUCCUAUGUCAGCCAGGCUAAGGAAGUCCAGGGCGCUCUUGAAGCUCUCGAUAAGGAGUUAGACUCAAUCGAAGGCGAACUCGAGCAGAAGAAGGAAGCCCUCAACGCUAAGGUUGACAAAAUCCGCAGCAAGCACGGCGAUGUCGAAGCUCUUGCUCCUAUCUACAACGAUAUCGAAGAGGCUGAAAUGCACCUUGAGAUCGAUGAGACACCAUCAUUCAUCGAGUCAAUCUACAACGCCACAAUUGCCCACGCUACAACACUCAUCCGUGAAAUCGAAGCUGCUAUCGCUGCUGCUAAGGGUCUUGAGAUCUCCGAGGAACAACUCGCUUCAUUCCACGAGACAUUCAACCACUUCGAUAAGGACCACUCCAAGUCCCUCCAGUACUACGAACUCCGCGCUUGCCUUACAGCACUCGGCGAAGACUUCACAGAUGACCAGGCUAAGGAAACAUGCAAGAAGUACUCCGCUUCUGGCGAAGAGAAGUUGAACUUCGAUGAAUACGUUAAGUUCAUGCUCGACCACUUCAACAAGGCUGAGACAAACGAGACAACAAUGGAGGCCUUCAAGACAAUCGCUAACGGCAACCCAGUCCUUAACGAUGCUCAGCUCGACCGCUACUUCUCUGCUGAAGAUGCUGCAUUCCUCCGCCAGGAACUCCCACAGGUCGAAGGUGGCUAUGACUUCCAGUCAUGGGUUAACAAGAUCUAUGCAUAA